AUGACCGGCAGGCGAGGGAGGAGGAAUUUGGAUUCCCUUCGGAGGCGCCGACCCCUCCUCCGCCCGUUGCGAGCAAGGCGAGGGGAGCCCGGCUCCGGCCGCUCACUCACCCCGCGGGCAGCCGGGGCUGGAUCACUUUCUGCCGGGGAACAGCUCCGUGUCCCCCCGCGUCUGGCUACGACCCCACCGGCACCCGCCCCGCCCCGGCAAGCCGGGGAUGCAGCAUCUCCCGUACCGGGACGGAUCCCUGCUGCAAUGGUUGCAGCAACCCAUUCCAACUGCAUCAUUAAGAAGGAGCAAGAGACUUGUCUGGAGAAAAUACGGAGGGCAGCAGCCCUGAACCCUCUCAAUGACUCUUCUCCAGGUUGCCCAGGAAUGUGGGACAACAUUACAUGCUGGAAACCUGCAAGUGUGGGUGAAAUUGUCUUUGUCAAGUGUCCUGCACUGUUCAGAUUUAUCAUCUCUGAAGAUGGUUGGGAAGUUGACAACUUGGGGCAAACCCAUGCAGGUGAUUAUGACCUGCUGGAAAGCACAGCCCAGUCUCCUGUAGGGGACAUCAGCAGAAAUUGCACUGAAGACGGCUGGUCUGAACCUUUUCCUCAUUAUUACGAUGCCUGUGGCUUCGAUGAAAAUGAAACAGAGUCAGAUAACCAGGAUUACUACUAUCUUUCUGUGAAGGCUCUGUACACAGUGGGCUACAGCACUUCUCUUGUUUCCCUCACUACUGCCAUGGUCAUCCUGUGUCGUUUCAGGAAGCUUCACUGCACACGAAAUUUUAUCCACAUGAACCUCUUUGUAUCCUUCAUCCUCCGUGCAAUAUCUGUAUUCAUUAAAGAUGGGGUUCUUUAUGCUGAACAGGAUGGCAACCACUGUUUUAUCUCAACAGUGGAAUGUAAAGCAGUGAUGGUGUUUUUUCACUACUGUGUCAUGUCCAACUACUUCUGGCUUUUUAUUGAGGGAUUGUACCUUUUCACUUUAUUGGUAGAAACUUUUUUCCCAGAAAGGAGGUAUUUCUACUGGUACACUAUUAUUGGCUGGGGUACCCCAACAAUUUGUGUCACUGUCUGGGCAGUGCUGAGACUUCACUUUGAUGAUACUGGCUGCUGGGACAUGAAUGACAACACUGCCCUGUGGUGGGUCAUCAAGGGUCCUGUGGUUGGAUCCAUCAUGAUAAACUUUGUGCUUUUUAUUGGCAUAAUUGUGAUACUUGUGCAGAAACUCCAGUCACCUGAUAUUGGGGGCAAUGAAUCCAGCAUUUACUUCACCCUCCCUCUUCCUCCCAGAUGCAGCUGCAGUCCAUGCACAGGACACAUGCGCAGCUGCGUUCAGAAAUGCUACUGUAAGCCUAAGAGGGCUAACCAGCACUCUUGCAAGAUGUCAGAACUAUCAACCAUUACCCUGAGGCUGGCUCGCUCUACACUGCUGCUUAUCCCCUUGUUUGGAAUUCACUACACGGUGUUUGCUUUUUCUCCUGAAAAUGUCAGUAAGAGGGAGAGACUAGUGUUUGAAUUGGGACUGGGCUCCUUCCAGGGAUUUGUUGUUGCUGUUCUCUAUUGUUUCUUGAAUGGGGAGUUUCUCCCUAAAGGUGCAAUCAGAAAUAAAGAGAAAAUGGAGGAGCUGGAAAGUCAACCGGUAUUUUGCUGUGGAUUUCAAGCAUCGUCAUCCUUCUCUAGCGAGCAGCGGAGUGAACGGGGGGACACAACUCUCCAUUCUGAGCAAGAGCAGCUCUCAGAUUCGGAUGUCCAGCAUAAAUGCGGAGAACUUAGCAACAUGAGCAGCUAA